AUGUGUUACAGGUACCUGAUAAAUGAACCUGACCUGUGUGACCACGAGGUCAACAUCAUCAACAUGAUCCCCGUCGCUCCUGCCAGACGGAUGACGCGGCUCAUGAUCAGGGAGUUGUGGGGGCAGCGGAAGUACUCCAGCAAGAUAAGGAUGAAGACCGUGUUUGUGGUCGGGAUCACCAACUCCAACUACCAAAGUCAACUUCUCCACGAGAGUCAACACUACCACGACAUCAUCCAACUCGACUUUGUUGAUUCAUAUUUUAAUCUGACAUUAAAAACAUUAUCCAUCCUUCACUGGACACAAAACUUUUGUCCGGGGGCGAAAUGGAUUCUGAAGAGCGACGAUGACGUAUUGGUCAACCCAUUUACCCUGACCGAGUACCUAACCCAGCAUCCCACAGCGGAUUUUGUAUGCAGAAUGAACAAGUAUUUAGAGGUGUGUCGCCUUGGUAAGAGGUGCCCAACAAAGUGGGCAGUGUCCACCGAAGAAUACCCCAACAGGUACUACCCUCCCUAUUGCAGCGGUCCCGCCUACGUCGUCUCCAGCAGAAUUGCAAGGCUGGUCUACACCGCUGCCAACAAGACCCACCCUCACGUCAUAGAAGACGCUUACUUUACUGGUAUCGUAGCCGAGCCCUUGAAGCCUAGAUAUGUUAAUCUUCCCUAUAGAAGGUUCCCCAGAAGAGUCUCCCAUCUUAUGAAACAACCAAACCUUAGUAAAGCUGUGUUCUCCAUGUAUAUUCAAAAUAACCAAGAUUUUUUGCGCACUCUUUGGGACCGGAACCUCCAAAAGAUGAAUGUUUCCAACGUUAAAACAUCUUGACAGCAGCGCGCUAAACCUUGCCUUUUAUUGUAACUGGACAGAAGAGAUCCUGUCAAGAGACAAAGAUAAACGGAGAUAAAUAUAUCAGACAAAUGAAUUAAAAAACACAUUCUGUAUAACAAUAAGUGAUAAGAAAGAUGCGUUGACAAGUAUCAUUCUUUACGGAUUUGAUAUGGCUAUUUUGGGUUCACGUGUUAGUGAAUUUUCGCAAUUAAAAAAAUGUAUGGAAACGGAUAUAAAUUCUCGAAGAAUAAAGGAUGGAGGAAAAAAUAGGAAGCUAGAGCAGUACAUUUAAGAUGUGAGAAGUUGUUGUUAUAACGUUAUUACUUCGCUUCAACAACUAAGGUCUUGAAAUGCGUAACAAGGUUAUUAAUACACUUAAU